GAUUUGAUAUACAAUUUUUUUUAUAUACAACGAUCGUCACGGAAUGAAUUAAAUUUGUAUGUCGAAGUACCACUGUACAUGUCAGUUUAGUACAUGAAAUGUCUAUGUGAAUUUGGUACUUGCCACGUACUCAUAUGACACCCCCGUCUCUUAGUUUUACAGGUGCUUUGUUGCUUUAGUACAUGGUUAUUAAACUUUUAACUGCCACUGGAAACUGGUACAUGUCUUUUAAGUAUGUGUGAGUGUAGUAUGUGGUGGUGUCACAUUUGUAUGUAUUAGAAAGGUAACAUAUAAGGUGUAAAGACUUUGUAAAGCCCCUUACACAUGAAGGGCAUGAUCGGCGAGCAGACAUUGUUACCAAUUUGUGGUGUGGAUGGCGAUAACGAGUGUAGAUGAUGUCACUGAUGAGGAAAGCAUGGGAAAACUAUCAGAGUGCUUGUGGUUGAGGCACUGGAUGGCCGCCUGACUAGGGACCAUGUUGCCAGACACAAAAUGUUGCAAGUCAACACUGCCUUCCGUAGGUAUCUGUGUUAAGUGUACAAAAGCUAGCGUUAAGCUAUAGAGAAUCAAUCAAUACAUUUAUAUUUAAACUGCCCGGCAACAAUUCUUACGUCUCAUGUUGUCGUGUUCAACACAAUUCAUGCUAGUCAUCGUUGCACUUGCCAGCACAGCUGACUCCACUCUGCCCUCUGCUCUGUAUCUGUCUGGUCCAAAUCGUUCGCCUGCCUAUUGGUUAUCUUAACUGCCUUAAAAUGGCAGACUAUCACAUGACAGAAGGUAAAUGUAAAGGCAGCAUUGUUUACGUUUCCGAAGGCCAUAUUUUCGUGAAAGACCGGCAAUAUCAGUCCAAGUUACAUGUUAGGUGUUGGCUUUUUUUACAACUGGCCUGAAGUGCCCAGCAAGAGCACACAUUUGUCUCAACACUGACAAACUAGAAGUUAAAGUGCCUAACCGUGAUAGUGGCUCUCAAGAAGUUGAGCUUGGCAAGAAAGAUCUGAGGAUACAUGUCAAGGAAAUGGUCAUUGCUGAGCCUCCACGUAAUCCAAGAGAGGUCUUUGAUGAGGUUGCCGUGAUGUAAGCGAUGGGAUUGCCAGUCAAGUGUCAUACAAUAACAUCAGAAGCAGCUCUGGAAUGAGCACCUGAAGCUGCAACCCACCCCCUGCCCUCUUGUCCCCAGGAGGCUGACCCUGCAAUAUAGGGGCAAGUUCAGGAAAUGGUGACGGAUUCCAUGUUUAAGACCGUGCCAAAGCUGUUCAAACUGCAUCUCAUGUUCUUUGGCCUGUUUGGUGACAACUUCCUGCCCCUGUUCUCCACCUUGAUGACUGGCAAACCAGAGGUGCUGUACAGUGCAGUGUAUGAGACUAUUUCAAUUAAGUAUCCCAACUUGAAGCCAUGCAAAGUACACACUGAUUAUGAGUGUGCGAUACAUUCAGCUAUACUGUCUGUCUGGCCAGAGGCAGAAGUGGAAGGCUGUUACUUCCACCACAAUCAGGCUGUGGGAGAACAUCAUGGUAUGUAGCCUUGUCCCAGCUUACCACAACAAGGAGUUACUGUUUAGGAAGUGGGUGAAGAGCUUUUUUGCCCUGCCCCUUCUUCCCAAUCACAAGAUUGAAGAGGGCUUUGGUUUGCUGAAAAGCAGUAGGCCCCAGAUCCACCACGACGGUGUUCCUCUCAAUACGCAAGUCAUCAGCUUUGUGGUCUACUAUGAGAGGUUCUGGAUGGGUGAGAUGAGGGACAAAAUGUGUGUGUGGGGUAGUGCUCAUUGCACUAACAACAGAGACCAGCUUUCGCAUUCAGGCUGACCAGGAGGUUGUUGCCCAGGAGGAGGAUGCUUCGGUGGUUGCUGCACAGGAGAUUGCUGCCAGGAGGUUGUUGGCCAGGAAGCUGCUGCCAAGAAAAAAUUCAACCGUUGUGCUGUCUGCUUGCAGGAGAACAUCUCGGUCACACGGCCCAUUUACUUGGUGCUGUGUGGCCAUGGGGACAUAUGUAAGGAGUGUGUUCAGAAAGUUUCCACCAAGACCUGCCACCUGUGUAGGGCUGAAAUCUUUACUUUUGUUCAGGUUAUUGUCAAUGACUAAUUACAGAUUUACUUUGUCUGGAAUGUGAUUGAUUGCGAUUGAUUAAUUGUGAUUGAUUGAUUGUGUUAGAAGCAAGUGGAUGCAAAAGGAUGUAGUUGAUAACUUUUGACAAUAAAGGUAUAUAUUCAUUAUAAUGUACUUAUAUUAUCAUUAACCACAUAUCUAAAGGACAGUGGUCAAGAA